AUGUUAUAUGGCAAAAUAUUGGAUGAAGAAGAACUAAUCACUGUCAAUAAUAAUAAAAAAGACAGAUCUUUAUUUAAGUGCCUAGACCAUUCUGCAAUAAAGUUCUGGUUAAAAUACUUUUUUCGUCGAAUUAUGAGAAUAUAUCCAACAUAUUCGAUUGUUUUGCUAAGUAUCGUGUACAUUGAUCCAAUAGGAAAAGCAUAUUAUAACGCUAUAAAAACAUCAAAUUUAUUACUACAUUUGACUCUUCAAUCAGCAGAAUUUAUUUUUUGGAGCAUUCCUCCGGAAAUGAUGUACUAUUUAUUCAUACCAAUCAUUGUUAUUGGUUACGUUGGAAUAACUCGUAUGAGAGUUUCUUUAUCAAAUAAAUUAUUUGGUAGACCAGAUAUUGGAGCAUGGGCGGGUCGAAUACUUGGCAACAUAAUAAUUUUUGUUUUAAGAACAUUAAUAGUAAUAUAUCAUGAUCCAAAUGAAUCUUUACAUCUCUCAGGUUCGGCACAUUACUUUUUAAGCGGAUCUAUAUGUGCGAUAUGGUAUAGGGAAAUUAUUAGACAUGGUUUAUUACCAUUGAGUUUAGAAGAGGAAAAGGCUCUAGAAAACGUCUCUUUCGUUAAUGCAUGUUCGUGGAAUUUACUUUGUUUUUCAGGAAAAAUUUCAUUUAGCACAUACUUGCUUCAUCCAAUUGGACUUACAAUUGUGAAUAAUUAUGCGACAACUAUAGGAGUACAAGGGGCGGCGAGGGAAACGGAAGAUGAUGAAAAAGUUAAUGAUAUUUUAGAUGCUGUAAUGUUGUCAAUUGUGGUGACGAUUGUUUUAUCAUGGUGCUUUCAUAAGGCUAUUGAAAGGCCAAUUAUGAAUUUUAUAAAUUAA